UUUUACACAGAUUGUGAUGGUUGGAAGACUAAUAACAAACUUAACUGUUACAUCAAGUUCAGUAUAUGUCCCAGUGGGUGAAGUAUUCAGUAUAGCUUUAGACAUAGGAACUGGAUCUCAGGUCAGUUAUAGGCUGGAUUUUAGUGAUGGUACUAUCAAUUCAACUGAGAAUGUUUACACUGCACCAUACGCUGGCCACUUAGUUGAAAAAUCUUACGACCAAGUUGGAGUGUAUGAUGUCAGUAUUUUAGCAAACGGUUCUUUUAAUAGUGAAAAACGGAAUGUCACAAUUUAUGUUCAGGAAAAAAUACUAGGUAUGGCAGUCUUAUCACGUCAUAUUGGAAAAAUGAAUUAUCCAUUCUAUUAUCAUAUUAAUUUAAAUGUGCCUGGUACAAACAGUUGUUUUGUUUUUGAUAUGGGUAAUAAGACUGAACUUGUUGGAGGAUAUUUCUGUCAGUCAAAGCCAGAAUUCAUUGGUAUGAAUUUUACAUAUGCCAAGGGAAAUCCAGUUGUAUUUUAUUUAGAAUUUGACACACCCGGAGAAUACAAUCUUGUAGUAAAUGGAUCGAACGAAGUGUCGUAUGAAAUAUUUACAAAAAAGUUUACCAUAUUAAAAUUUCCUUGUACUUACCCUGCUGUUAAGAUCUAUGGUUUGUCUCACGAUGUCGUAGAUCCAACUAAAGUUUAUGCGUCAGAUAAUGCCGUCAUUAGAGCUGUGUCAGAUACUUUCUGCGAUCCUUUACAGACGGUACUAUUUGACUGGACGAUCACUCCUAUGGACCCUGGUAUGGAUGAGGUCAGGUUAGACACAUCAACGUUACCAUAUCUUAUUCUCCCAGCUAAUUCGUUAGACUAUGGAUUGUAUCAAGUUAAUGUGACAGUGCUGAUCCAGAAUUAUUUAGAAUUCAAUGACACAGAUACUACUUACAUUGAAAUUAAGCAAACUCCACUUGUACUUCUGAUGAAGGGAGACGAUUUACGUACUAUCAGGUCAGGUUCCUCACUGGUAAUGAAUGCUUCAUGGUCUUAUGAUCCUGAUUAUCCACUGAAAGGGAUCCAGUAUAAUUUCACAUGGUACUGCUGGUACCCUUCAUCUGGCCUUUCAGAAUUUGACAUCAAUACCAUUACGUUACAUGAAAUUGGUUCAGCUUCCUGUUUUCCAACAUUAGACAUGGCAAAUGCUAACUGGACAGUUUUGACAAUACCUAAUGCCUUACUGAGUGGUCCAGACUAUUAUUUUGUUGGAAAGAUGACCAGUGGAAACAGAUUAGAAGCCAAAGCACAACAAGUGAAGAUUCUUGGAUCAGAUUUACCAGAACUAGUAUUAAAAUGUAUGCAGAACUGUGUAGAUGUAGUUAGUCCUUCUAAGCAUGUAAGAUUCAAAGGACUUUGUGAAACCUGCACUCAAAAAAACAGACUAGGUAUUGAUUACAAUUGGAGACUCUUUAAACUAGAAGGAGGUGGUCCAGUUGAGAUUAUGGACUUUACAACAUGGACAGACACUGGUGUUCAAGGCCCAAAUAUAAGGAUCAACAAAGGCUAUUUAGAGCAAGGACAGGAUUAUCUUAUACGAUUGGGAUCAGGAGCUGCUCACACUGUAAAAAAACUACAUGUUGCAUUACCUCCUUAUGAUGGCUCUUGUUGGAGUGACAUUAAUGUGGGUGAGGCUUUUAGUAGCAAAUUUACAUUCAGUUGUGGAGGAUGGUUAGAUGAAGGUACAAGACCAGCUAGAGAUCCUGUUGUAGACAGUAACUACCUGUACGGUUAUACUUUCACAUUCUACUAUCAAGUAAUGGAUGCUGUGGAGAAUCCCAUAGUUCCAUUUUUCCAAGUGUCAGGGUCAGAGGUUGAUACACCAGGAGUUGUCUUACCACCUGGCAAAAUGGAAUACGAUUACACAGUGAGAAUCAUUGUUGAUGUAACUGACAAGCAGCAUUGUUAUACUAACUGGACUUUGGAUAUUCAGGUUACUCCAUUUUCAGAGGACAGUGGUCAUGAUGUUAUUGAAGGAUUUGAAAAUAAUGUCUGUGUUCGGGAAAGGGAUAUGUCCUGUAUUUUAACCUUUUGUGAUGGUCUUGCUGACACUAAUACAUCACAUGUAAAAGAUGUAAAGUUGAAAGAUGAACUUAUUAACAGCUUGUUUGACAAUAAAGAUUUGAUCCAAGAUGGUUUACAUAUGAAACAGACCACUUCAGUUCUUUCAAAAUUGACAGAUUCUACUGAAGAAAUGUCUAUGGAGUCACAGGCUAAAAUGAGAAAUUUGUUUACUGGUCUUGUCUCGUCUGCCCAGACAACUUUGUCACCAAUGCUGUCAUUGGAAGAAAAAGAGAGCAUGGCUUCAGAUUUACUAUCAAGUGUUACCAGAUUUUGUCAGAAUACAAAGUAUCCCCCAGAAUGUAUCUCGGGAGAUUGUGACCAGAAACUAGUACAGGGGAAUUUUGCUGUAGAGCUGAUUGAUAUACUGCAUAAUUUAACCGGCCUGUUGUUACAAGGGAAUGUGGCAGGAGAAUCAUCAACAGUUAUCCAUGUAGCAGAGGGAAACACUAAAUACCAGGCUCAGAGAAGAGAAUCAUUAAGUCUGGUUAACAUGACAAUAGAUUUCUCAGAGUUCAAAACAAUAGUCACCAAAUCAUUACCAGAGGAGGUCACAGAAUUAGAAACUGUUGAUAUAGAGAUGAUGACAUCAGAUAAUUUGUACACUGUUGACCAGAGCACUUCCAGUGUCAAAUCUCAAGUGACAACAUUUGAAUUAUUAAAGGAUGCCGGGGAAAGGAUUAAGGUGGACAACCUUCCUGCAGAGAUUGAGGUGUACAGCUAUCCAAAUGGAUUAAACGAUUUAAAUUAUACAUACGUCAAUUUAUCAGCCACAACAGAUUCACCAAUGUUCUUUAUUGAACUGAGGUUAAAUGAAACUAAUGUUGUUCCAGUGUUGAUUGUCAGACCUGAUGAUACAACUGCUAAUAUUACUUAUUAUGUCAGAAAGGGUGGUAUAACAAGUAAACUUACAUAUGAUAUGAAGGGCUUUAUUUUGACUGACUCAGAGUUAGAAGACCACACCAGUAGUUACUUGGUUAAAAUGGAUAUAUCUGGUUUAUGGACAGGCAGAGAAAGUUUACCUACGAGGGUCUAUAUUGGACUGGAGGCUGAUUACAAUAUAACCGAGGUUUCACCAAUGGCUGACGUAGCAGUCCUUGUACUGGGAUGUUACUAUUGGUCUGAGCAGGAUAAACAGUGGAGCCAAAGAGGCGUAAAACUUGGACCUGUAGACAACACCACAGGUGUAGCAUGUCAAACCAAUCACUUGUCGGCCUUUGGUAUGAAUAUGUUUGUACCACCUAACACUAUCGACUUCAGCACUGUGUUUUCCAAGUUUUCAACAGACAAUCUAGCUGUGUUGAUUACAGUUGGUUUGGUACUGUUGACAUAUUUCCUUCUACUUAUUCCAGUUAUUAGAGCUGACAAAAGAGAUUUCAAAAAGUGGGCCAUAUAUCCUCUGGCAGAUAAUGUUAUAACUGAUGUCUACCACUAUCAAGUCUCAGUGUACACAGGUGUACGACAGAAUUCAGGCACUACAUCCAAGGUCUACUUUGUAUUAGGUGGGGAAGAGGGAGAUACAGAGGUCAGACUACUGCAAGAUCAAGAGAAAAGGCCAAUGUUGAGUGGCAGUGUAAAUAAUUACCUGUUGAGUGUACCUGAACCUCUAGGUAACCUAUUAUUCCUAAGGAUUUGGCUUGAUAAUACAAAGAUAGAUGAUUGGUUGUUAAACAUGAUACUGGUCAGAGAUGUUCAGACAGGGGAAAGAUAUGCAUUUUUAUGUGACAAAUGGUUUGCAUUAGAUAAAGGUGAAGGACAGAUUGAUCAUAUGAUACCAGUAGCCAGUGCUGAAGAAAUGCAAUCUUUUGGUCACUUAUUUUUCUCCAAGACGAGAAAGGAUAUGACUGAUGGUCAUCUUUGGUUCUCUGUAGCCUCCAGACCCUUACAUAGCACAUUCACCAGAGCUCAGAGACUUUCCUGUUGUUUGUCACUUCUUUUUAUGACCAUGAUCACAAAUUGCAUGUGGUAUAAGUCAGAUAGUAAUGAUGGGGAUAUGUCACAGAAUGUUCAUCUAGGACCGUUUACAUUCUCCUCACAGGAAUUCUUCACAAGUUUGUUUGGCACUUUGAUCGUAGUUCCCUUUAACCUGCUGAUUAUAACACUGUUUAGAAAGAGUAAACCUCACACUCAUGCAACAGCUGUUAAAGUAGAAAGCAAUUACAAGGAAGAAAAGAGACGAGAUAGUAUGGCGGAAUUCAAUAGGGAACUAGAUUGUGUAUCACCAAGUAAUAUUGAUCCUAGGUUUACUCCAUCGGCAAAACCAGCUUGGGAUAGUUAUAAUGAAGAAAAGACAAUAGAGAAGGAACAUUCAGUAAAUGAGAAGAAGAAAGGAAAAUCCAAGUACCCCUUGCCACAUUGGUGUAUAUAUAUUGCUUGGAUUCUGUUUGGACUAUCAGUGUUAGCAGCAGGCUUUUUUACAGUUUUAUACAGUAUGGAAUGGGGGUCCAGCAAAUCUUCUAAAUGGCUGACAUCUUUUCUGUUGUCGUUUAUAGAGUCAGUUAUUCUGGUCCAGCCUUUAAAGGUGAUAGUCUUGGCCAUGGUAAUAGCAUUGGUGUUAAAGACAGUAGACGCAGACGACAGUGUAGAAGAAGUGUUUCUGAUUGGAGGGAGUCCAAAGACAAGAGUGUAUCCAGAGCAUCGUCAGGAGUUUGUACAUGAUCCUGUAGAUGUAGAAAACAUUAUUGAAGCCAGAGAACACAGACUCAAGAUGAACAGAUUGUUUGAAGUCAUCCGCAAAAUCUUUAUAUAUGUGGUGUAUCUCAGUGUUGUGGCUGUCUUGGCAUACGAGAACAGAGAUGCCAAUUCUUAUCCAACUUACAGAAAUCUAAAUGAUAUAUUUAUCACUCCUCAUUCCAAAUAUGACAAAAGUUUUUCUAAUCUUCGUUCUACCCGAGAUUUUUAUGAAUGGAUGGAGCAGAUUGUUCUGCCAGGCCUGUACUCCAAUGGUUGGUUGAAUGAUUCUAGAACAGAUUUGUCACCUUUCAUUAUUGACAAUACCUUCUACAGACUUGGAUCUCCUAGGAUCAGACAGGCUAGGAUAAGAAAUGAUGAUUGCAAAACACCAAUACAAAUACGUGACUAUAUGAAUGACUGUUAUCCAUCUUAUGGAACCAAAACAUAUGAAUCUAGAAAUUAUGUGGAGAGUUGGGAUGAGGUAACAACCAAUACCUCAUCAGAUGAGGCAUGGGUCUAUAAAGAUACAUUUGACCUUGAUGGAAUGCCAACUGUAGGUCGUUAUGCAUCAUACAGUGGUGGAGGCUAUGUUGUUAACCUUGGAGCUUCUACAGAAACAGCCAAUGACACUUUACAAUACAUAAAGGAAACAAAUUGGAUAGACAAAAAGACCAGAGGAUUGUUUAUAGAGUUUAAUCUGUUCAAUCCCAAUGUCAAUUUAUUCUGCGCCGUCAUAUUACUGUUAGAAUAUCCACCAACCGGAUCAGUGUUUCCAUACUGGGAAGUUAACCCAAUAGUGAUGUACAGAUAUGUUGGUCCGAGUGCUGUUUUCCUGUUCGUGUUUGAUUUUAUAUUUGCAGCAUUCACAUUGUAUUAUUUGGUAGAAUUUAUCAAAGAACUGAGGAAAAAGGGAUGGCGAGGCUAUUUUACUGGAUUGUGGAAUGUUGUUGACUUUAUAAACAUUGUUUUGUCUAUUAUCUGUUGUGCAUUCUAUGGUGUACACUUUGUUAUUACAAAAUUAGUUCUGGAUAAAUUUCAUAAGAACAGAGAUGAUUUUAUCAACCUACAGAGAAUAGUUAUAUGGGACCAGCUGUUUGGUAUAAUUAUUGGCUUUGUGUUGUUCUUAUCAAUGUUAAAGACUCUGCAGCUAGUACGAUUCAAUGCCAAAAUAUCACAGCUAUAUGGAACAAUCAAAAAGUCCGCAAAGCCAUUGAUUAAUUACAUGAUUGUAUUCCUGGUAUCAUUUGUUGCUUUUAUUUCAUGUGGUUAUCUUCUGUUUGGUCCACAUGAUUAUGAAUAUUCAUCGUUCAUAAGGACAACAGAGACACUUAUGUCAAUGCUGAUGAUGAAAGUGAACAUUGAUACAGUCCUGAUCGUCAGUGGACUACUUGGAUCCCUGUACAUCUUUAUCUUUGUAUUAUUUGUGGUGUUCAUAUUACUUAACAUUCUGCUCAGCAUCAUCAAUGAAGCAUUUGCCGAAAGUAGGAAGGAUCCCUCAUGUCGAUCAGAUGAUCCUCAAAUGGUGGAUUUCCUCCUCAGUCAACUUAAGACAUUGAUAUGGGGCACCACAGAUACUAAACCACAAAAGGACAAGGAUGUGAUAGACCAUAUGGACAAAUUAGAAAGAAGAAUGGAUCGUUAUUUUGUCCGUUUUCUAGCAGAAGAGAAAGCAAAUCCAUUUUAAUAUAUAAAUCGGAUGAACUAAAAAUUAUGGAACCCUAUUGUUAAUUGAAACAUGUGAACAUG